CAAUUUCUCAAUGAGCAGUUUGCAGCAGUCACAUUCAUGAUUCACACUCCAGCAUAACUGAUCAAUCAACCGCUGUUAACUGUUUGGAGCCUUUUCUCCCCCCAUUAUUUUUGUCUUGUUCCCCCCGUCUCCACUCACCUUUCUUAUCCCCAGCCCCUUCUUCCUCCGACUUCUCCCGCCACUCCCUGGGUUGAUUACCCUUCUGCCGUUCAGUUUCCUUAUUGUUGUCGCAGUCGGCGCAUUCAUUUUGUUGGGAUUUAGAUCGAUUGUUUUUGGUUUUGUCUCCGUCUAUUUUAUAUCACAAUGGCCAGUGUAAAGGACGCAGUCAAGGAGUCCUUGGUCGGUAGCUCCUCGGAGCCCCAACCGUCGCAUCAGAUCAAAAGCAAUUUCCUGCGCCAUGCACGCAAAGAUGAGGCAUCAGGAGAUCUUUACAUGACGGAAGAUGACUUUGUCGACGCCAUCGCCCCCAAGCACGAGGACUAUCACAAGAUCAAACGUGAACACUAUGGAAUUCUCUUCCUCGUGGCCGACAGACGGCGAACCGGAAAGCUUAGCCUCGCCGAUUGGACUACUUUUGAGAACCUCCUAGGCAAACCGGACGCCGAGUAUGAGAUUGCCUUCCGCCUCUUUGACACAGAAGGAACCGGCUCGGUGAAGUGGGAGAACUUUCAGCAACUGUACAACCUGAACAAGACCAGCGAUAGUAUACCUUUUGAAUGGAACUCAGAAUGGGCCUCCCUGUACACCGGACGGACCAAGACCCGGCAUGAUAUGACGUAUCCUCAGUUUGCUCAAAUGCUUCGUGGUCUGCAGGGUGAGCGCAUCAGACAAGCUUUCCAUGUGUUUGACAAGGACGGUGAUGGUUAUAUUGAGCCCGAGGACUUCCAGCGUAUCAUUCUCGAGACAUCGAAACACAAGCUGUCCGAUUAUGUCCUCGAGAACCUUCCCAGUCUGUGCAACAUCUCGACUGGGACAAAGAUCUCCUAUGCUACUGUCCGUGCCUUCCAGAAUAUCAUGCGCGAGAUGGAUAUGAUCGACGUUAUUGUCCGCGAAGCGACCAAGAAGAGCCUUGACGGUAAAAUCACGCGCGCGGAUUUCCUGAACGAGGCCGCCCGUGUCACUCGCUUCUCUCUGUUCACCCCGAUGGAAGCCGAUAUCUUGUUCCACUUUGCCGGACUUGAUGCGCCUUCUGGUCGACUCUCACAAAAGGACUUUGCCAAGGUCAUUGAUGCUUCAUGGCGCACACCCUUUGUGGUUGCUGGGCAGGCGGUCUCAGCCGCAUCGGACAAGGCUCACCAGGUGGCUGACAAGACCAAGUCCGUACUCUACGGCGUUCUCGAGUCUGUACACCACUUUGCACUUGGUAGUCUUGCGGGUGCCUUCGGUGCUUUUAUGGUUUAUCCCAUUGAUUUGGUGAAGACUCGAAUGCAAAACCAGCGGUCAACGCGGGUAGGAGAGAGGUUGUACAACAACUCGAUCGAUUGUGCCAGGAAAGUGAUCCGGAACGAGGGAUUCCUCGGUCUGUACUCGGGUGUCAUUCCUCAAUUGAUCGGAGUUGCUCCGGAAAAGGCUAUCAAGCUCACAGUCAACGACCUUGUUCGUAGACACUUCACCAACAAGGAGAAUGGAAAGAUCUGGACCGGCCACGAGGUCAUUGCCGGUGGUACUGCAGGAGCUUGUCAAGUCAUCUUCACCAACCCCCUCGAAAUUGUCAAGAUUCGUCUCCAGGUUCAGGGUGAAAUCGCUAAGUCCGUUGAGGGAGCGCCGCGUCGCUCUGCUCUUUGGAUCGUUAAGAACCUGGGUCUGGUUGGUCUGUACAAGGGUGCAAGUGCUUGCUUGCUUCGUGAUGUCCCCUUCUCCGCGAUCUACUUCCCAACAUACGCUCAUCUCAAGUCCGACUUCUUUGGGGAAACUGCCACCCACAAGCUUGGUGUCGUGCAACUGUUGACCGCAGGUGCCAUUGCUGGUAUGCCUGCUGCUUAUCUCACCACGCCUUGCGAUGUUAUCAAGACCCGCUUGCAGGUUGAAGCUCGUAAGGGUGAAGUCGGCUACACCGGUCUGCGUCAUUGCGCGGCCACUGUUUGGAAGGAAGAAGGUUUCAAGGCUUUCUUCAAGGGUGGUCCUGCGCGCAUCCUUCGUUCAUCCCCCCAAUUCGGUUUCACAUUGGCUGCCUAUGAGGUUCUCCAAAAGUUGCUUCCCAUGCCCGGUGGCCACGAGGAUGUUUCCCCUAUUGGACACGUCGAACCCGGCGUUGGCCUUACCACUGCCACGGCGCCUCUCCCUUACCUCAGAUCCAGAAACGCCCUGAAAUUGAUCCUGGACAUCGACGAGAACAUUGGCCGCGUUCGAAUCCCCGCCGCCGAGCGCUGGCCCAAGUUUCUGCAACCCUCCCAGCAAUAGACACACACGACCUUUGUUUCCAUAGCGAUGAUUUGGCUUCUCGUCUUAAUUUUUUCCCACUUUCGUCCUGAAUGAAAAUAGUCUUUGUUUCUCAUCCCAUUGAAGCCCUUUAUUCGCCAUCACUGGAAUUCUCUUCUUGGCCUGCUUGGAGCUAAGGCCGCUUCUUGUCGUGUUUCCGAGCUUAUGUCCGCACCAUCACAUGUAACAAAAGCAGAUAGACUUGGGAGGAGUCCCUUGUUACUAGACCGCUGUUUGGGUAUCUAGACUUGAUUCAUACUGAUCCCACGAAUAGCCUCCGCAGUCCUUCGGUGAUUCCUGCAUCUGUUGCCUUCCCCUCCCUUCACAUACAAAUGUGGGCGUCACAUAUCGGUGUACAGGUACCUGAUUUGUUUAUCUUCCAUAGCAGUUGGAUUGACUAGAGUUUCG